UGUGAAACCAUCCUGGCUGGGUGAGACAAAUUCCGGAACGACGGCGUUUGUUCCUACCUAUGGUUCCUACCCGAGUGACAAAACGGGGUGCACCUUCACCGCUAAUGUUUUUGUCUUCGCUACAUCGCUGUCGCUCCUCGUAGUUUCCGAUGGUCUGACACAAAGGGAGCAGAGAUGCUGUUUAAGGACCUCCCCAGAGAGGCCCUGCUGCGGCCGCUGUCCCGGAACGAGGUGGUGGGCAUGUUGGUGAGGCUGACCAUCUUCGGUGCGGCCACAUACUACAGCAUCAAGUGGGUUGUGGAUGCCAUGGAUCCUACUUGCAAACAGAAGAGCCAAGCCAAGAAAAGGGCAGAACAGCUGAUGAAGAGAAUCGGCGUGGAGGGGGUCAAACUAACGGAGCAUGAGAUGAACAUUGCAUCUCACCUAGUCGAUCCACAAUCGAUGAAGGUGUCCUGGAGAGAUAUAGCUGGUCUGGAUGAGGUUAUCAAUGAAAUGCAAGACACUGUCAUCCUUCCCUUUCAGAAGAGACACCUUCUGACUGGAUCCAAACUCUUUCAGCCUCCUAAAGGUGUUUUAUUAUUUGGUCCUCCGGGAUGUGGGAAGACCAUGAUCGCCAAGGCAACAGCCAAAGCCUCUGGGUGCAAGUUUAUCAACCUUCAGGCUUCCACGCUGACAGACAUGUGGUACGGCGAGUCACAGAAGCUGACUGCUGCUGUCUUCUCAUUGGCUGUCAAAAUCCAUCCCUGUAUCAUCUUCAUCGAUGAGAUCGACUCAUUUCUCAGGAAUCGUUCCAGCCUCGACCAUGAGGCCACAGCCAUGAUGAAGGCCCAGUUCAUGAGUCUGUGGGACGGUCUGGACACUUCCUCAACCACCCAGGUGAUGGUGAUGGGCGCCACAAACAGGCCACAGGAUGUGGAUCCAGCCAUUCUGCGCAGGAUGCCGGCCUCUUUUCACGUUGGCCUCCCAAACACAAGACAAAGGCAGGACAUCCUGAGGCUGAUUUUAGCAGGAGAAACUUUGAGCAACGCCAUUAAUCUGAGGGAGAUCGCCGAGAGGACGGACGGCUACUCCGGCAGCGACCUGCGGGAGCUGUGCCGCGACGCUGCCAUGUACCGGGUGCGGGACUACGUCCGCAAGGAGCAGAUGAGGCAGAUCGCUCAGCAGCUACAGGACUGCGAGGAGGAGGAGGAGGAAAAACCUGUGGCUGAGGAAAGGUUGCGGCCAGUCACCCAGCUCGACCUCCUCUUCGGCCUGGACAAGAUGAAGGAGUCAAAGCGGGCCACAGCCUCCAUGUUACCCAGCGUGUCGGACGUUCCUCUGGACUAAACACCGACACCGACGCCGCUGGCAGGGAAACGUUUUCUUCUCACUUUUGUCCAGAGUGUGUUCCAGCUCACCGAGCAGCAGAGACUCCUCGACCACGUCUGAGGUACAAGCUGGGGCAAACCCGACAGACAGACAUUGUUCUUACACUUUAUUGAUCCAGUCAGGGAUUGCUCUGAGCAUGUUCGUUUUCAGCACGAGUCAUCAGUGUAAACCUUUGUCGUUUGCUACUUCAUUUCAAAAUUAACUUGAAUAUUCACCUCUCUCUUUCUUUCUUGAGCACAAACAUGUUUGAAUGAAAAAGACUUGAAUCACUUUAAAGCGACAUUAUCGAAGCACUUGGAACGAAACGGUUCAGCUGAUCCCGCUGAUCCCAAGACUCGUUACACUGUAUUUUCUGCAGUUUUAUGCAAAUUACUCCUUAAAGCAUUGUAACAAUAUUACUGACGAAUAAGAAGGCAUUCAGCAACAACAACAUUUCCGUUUUUUGGAAUGUUGAAAAUAUCCAAUCCAAGUUUUAAAUCAUUAUGAAUGUAUUAGUCUUGUAGUUAGAAUAUCCCCAAAAAAAAAAACACCACCUCUGUUUCUCUGCUGUUCUGCUUCUUAAAGCAAACAUGCCCAGAUUAAAAGUGAUGGUGGAUGUGCUGAUAUUGUUUAAACCUUUUUUUUUAAAAAGGCAGACAAAAAUGCAUUGUAAUUACAUAGUUUGUUACAUUUGUUUAUGUGCAUUUCAAAUUUGUAAAGUAAGUGGAGAUGCAAUUAGCCAUUGCAAGGUUGUAUCUGCACCCUCGAGGAGCACAGAUUCAAAAUGUUUCUUUUGACAUUGUACUAACUUUCAUGUAAUUUCAUGUUUAAACAUUGUCUGUCGUCACGAGGUCAAGACGCUGUUGUCAGGUCACAAUACAUGCGUAACGAAGAAGAGGAAGAUUAGAGCUGAGUCGGGCAGCUAAGAGUGAAAUAUAAAAAACGUUGGCAUUCGCAUAAACACCACGACAUAGUUCCACUGGGAAUUUGUGAGACUGUAGUGGAUGUGCAAUGAGGCAGGACUGUUUCAGUUUUAGUCGAGUCAAUCACAACAUAACAAACGAUAGUGUAGACAACAAAACAAACGUGCAUGUGUCUAGUGGGGAACAUUGUCACCACUUUUAAUAGAAACCACAGAUCUACUGAUUCGUGCAGGGGGACACAAUAAAACACUCCUGCAUCUUCUUACUGUACCUCAGUGAUCUUUAUGCUACUUCUAAAUGUCUGUAAAAAUAUAUAUACUUAACUGUUCUGUCACCUGUUGCAGGUGCAUCAUGUGUGUUGUGGUGUGUGAGUGUGUGUAGAAGUGGGAGCAAGUGGGUGUUUUAGUGCAGUUUAAUGCUGCUCUGUUAAACCAAGUCUUCUCAGCUUAAAGACAAGCUGAGACGUCUUCCUCUUGAAAUGAUCUUCAUCUUAAAGGUGACAUAUUUUGCUCAUAUAUUCAGGUUGAUACUUUUAACCGCUUGAACCCUAACCACUACCACUUGAAAAGGCAUCAGUGUUCCCAUCCUGCCCAUUCCUGCGGCUCCUCUUUUCACCCUCUGUCUAAAACACCUGGAUUUAUUUUAGCUCCGCUUACCAAUAAACCCUCAGUCUGCUCUGAUUGGCCAGCUGGCCCAGUCUGUUGUGAUUGGUCAAUGGAUUUCAAAACGUGUAGGAAAUGUCACGCCCCAUGUUGAUGAUGCUGUUGUGACAAGCUUUUUUCUGCCCCUGUAUAAAAAGCCUCAUUGUUUCCAAUAAGGUCACAGCGUGUGUUCACGGGUCUCCCACAGACCUUUUCUCACACGCAGUCAGAGAAAGCCUAUAAUUCAACCAUGACCACAUGGGGGCACUGGAGCCUCACUGUCCCGUCACUGAGGCGGCUGUUACAGGCCGGAACACGGCACCGCUUCCAUUUAGAGCUGUUUUAUAGCAUUACGGCGAGACAAUGAAAUCGAGAGCCCCACAAGCUGGAUUGUUUCUCCCUUAUUGGUUCAUUCGAUGAUAUUUAGAAAUCUGUUGCUCUUCGUUAAGAGUACCUGGUGACAGUUAAAGGUCAAAAUGCCAUGUUGCCAUGUAAACCAGUGAUUGUGUCACUGCGGCCUGCAGGUCUUCCUUACCUUUCCUGGGGGGUAAACACUUUCCCUCUGUGCAAUAUCACCUUACGGGUUGUUCAUCGGUUACUUUGCUGAGAUUUACCUCUACGUCUACAAGUCUCCAUGUGCAGUUACUGUAAAUUAUACUGUGCUUUGUGUAAAAUAUGAAAUGUUAUAACCCUGAGCUGUAAUUAUUAUAAUUACACUGAGACAUGUCAACCAGCAAAAUGUUACCUUUGUAAUUUCUGCAUGGAUUUUUCGCGAGUUGUGUUUUUCCUGUCCUCGUUCAUCUGUAUUCAAUGUAAUAAAUCUCAGUCUUUCCAAAGAUAAA